UCUGCCGGCAUCCAAGGAUUCCAUUGUGCAUCAGGCUGGCAUGUUGAAACGAAAUUGUUUUGCCUCUGUCUUUGAGAAAUAGUUCCAAUUCCAAGAAGAGGGCAAGGAAGGCGAGAACAGGGCAGUUAUCCAUUAUAGGGAUGAUGAGACCAUGUACGUUGAAUCUAAAAAGGACAGAGUCACAGUAGUCUUCAGCACAGUGUUCAAGGAUGAUGACGAUGUGGUCAUUGGAAAAGUGUUCAUGCAGGAGUUCAAAGAAGGCCGCAGAGCCAGCCCCACAGCCCCACAGGGCCUCUUUAGCCACAGGGAACCUCCUCUGGAGCUGAAAGACACCGACGUUGCCGUGGGCGACAACAUUGGCUACAUUACCUUCGUGCUGUUCCCUCGCCACACCAAUGCCCGUGCUCGAGACAACGCCAUCAACCUGAUCCACACUUUCUGGGACUAUCUGCACUACCACAUCAAGUGCUCUAAGGCCUAUAUUCACACACGUAUGCGGGCAAAAACAUCUGACUUCCUCAAGGUGCUGAACCGUGCACGUCCAGAUGCCGAGAAAAAAGAAGUGAAAACAAUCACGGGGAAGACGUUUUCAUCCCGCUAACUCUGGGGAACAGGAAGAGGAGGUGGCUGGCAGCUGAAGGCUGGAACGCUUGCUACUGGAUAAUCGUAGCUUUUCAUGUUGCACCUCUUCAGGUUCUUAAGGGAUUCUCCGUUUUGGUUCCAUUUUGUACACGUUUGGAAAAUAAUCUGCAGA